UUCCCAUCACUGGCCCUCCAGUCUCAGCUGUUACUGCAAGUCCAUUCCUCUACCAUGAGUGUGGAGCAGCUCAAAUCAACAGAUCCACAUGUACCUUGAGGUGACAGACUGGCUCUGGUGAAUACCCCCUUUUGUAAAUUUAGAGAACAAGUUGAAAUCAUCGCAGAAGGAUAAAGUUCGUCAGUUUAUGAUCUUCACACAAUCUAGUGAAAAAACAGCAGUAAGUUGUCUGUCUCAAAAUGACUGGAAGUUAGAUGUUGCAACAGACAAUUUUUUCCAAAAUCCUGAACUUUAUAUACGAGAGAGUGUAAAAGGAUCAUUGGACAGGAAGAAGUUAGAACAACUAUACAAUAGAUACAAAGAUCCUCAAGAUGAAAAUAAAAUUGGAAUAGAUGGUAUACAGCAGUUCUGUGAUGACCUGGCACUCGAUCCAGCCAGUAUUAGUGUGUUGAUCAUUGCGUGGAAGUUCAGAGCAGCAACACAGUGCGAGUUCUCCAAACAGGAGUUCAUGGAUGGCAUGACAGAGUUAGGAUGUGACAGCAUAGAAAAACUAAAGGCCCAGAUACCCAAGAUGGAACAAGAAUUGAAAGAACCAGGACGAUUUAAGGAUUUUUACCAGUUUACCUUUAAUUUUGCAAAGAAUCCAGGACAAAAAGGAUUAGAUCUAGAAAUGGCCAUUGCCUACUGGAAUUUAGUGCUUAAUGGAAGAUUUAAAUUCUUAGACUUAUGGAAUAAAUUUUUGUUGGAACAUCAUAAACGAUCAAUACCAAAAGAUACUUGGAAUCUUCUUUUAGACUUCAGUACAAUGAUUGCAGAUGACAUGUCUAAUUAUGAUGAAGAAGGAGCAUGGCCUGUUCUUAUUGAUGACUUUGUGGAAUUUGCACGCCCUCAAAUUGCUGGGACAAAAAGUACAACAGUGUAGCACUAAAGGAACCUUCUAGAAUGUACAUAGUCUGUACAAUAAAUACAACGGAAAAUUGCACAGUCAAUUUCUGCUGGCUGGACUGAACUGAAGAUCAAUCCUCACAAUUCAGACUGAGGGUUGUGUCAAAACUUUAAGGAUACAUCUUGGACCAUAUCGUAUUUCAUUCUUCUAAUGGUGGUUUGGGCUUGUCUUCUAGUCUGGGCCGCUCUAAACAUUUAUAAUUCCAACAUUGUGGAUUUCAUCUUA